AUGAAGAUAUUAUACUUUAUAUUUGUAAUAAUAAUUAAUAUUUUAUUAAUUUUGAAUCAUGUUAAAUCAAAAUAUAAUACGUUUAUUUUUGAAAAUACAGAUGGCUUUCCGGAGUGUAAUAGAGAAGUUCCAAUUGAUAAAUGUACCUUAUUUUGUGGUAGACUUUUUGGUGGUCUUUCAUAUGAUAGUGAAAAGUUAAUAUUUUAUGAAGGUGAAAAUUGUUAUACAAUGAUCCAUGGUGAGUUUUUAUGUAGUGAUACAGAAAGAACUUCUUUUAGAAUGGAUAAUUAUUUAGCCGAUGAUGAAAGUUGGUAUAAAGCAUUUUUCAACUAUUUGGUAAAUUGUACUUGGGACGAAAAAAAUACACCGGAAACACCAUCACCAACAGAAAAUGCACCAAAUACAAGUGGUGGUAGUAGUGAAGGUAAUCAUUACACUUAUAAAAGUAGUAGUAGUAGUAGUGAACAUAUCAAUGAUAUUCCAACAUAUUCCCACUCUGGUUAUGGAAAUUAUGGGGAAGAUCCUCAAAGAAACAUUGGUAUUUCAUUAUCAAGUUCUUUAAUUUUUAUUUCAAUUUUAUUUUUAAUAAUUUUUAUAAAUAAUUAA